CUAGUCUACUAGUAAACUGGAAAUAAUGAUAUAAUUGAUAUUUAGGAUUACUGUCUUACAGUAAACUGAAAUUACUCUGUUAGAACUCAAUUAAGACCGGGGAAGGGGACAGAAAUGGAAAAAUUAGAGGCAUGUUGCUAUGACAAGGUUGGGAAGUAGUUCGGGCUGAUUUCUUAGAAAUGCUGGCUUUUAUGGCUCUAAACUAACUUCUUUAUUUUAUGCACAGUAUUCACUGUGUCAUUAUUUAUGCUGCAAGUUCUACCAGUGCAGAGCUGAGUGGAAGUGUCCUGGUAUCAAGGGCUCACUUAAAGGGUGAAUUAUACCAUUCCUACAAUUUCAUUUCCUCUAUUGGCUUUUAUAAUGUAAAGGUGAGGAUAAAGUUAUUUAAACACUGGUGGAAACCACUUAAGAAACAAAACUCUGUCAAGCCAGAGUGAUAUGUUUAGACGCCUCCCUUGCCCUGAAUAGUUGCAUCCACUUUCUGUUCCAGACAGUUUCUACUGCUAGAGAAUUUAAUCUUUGGGAUUCAAACAUAUUUAUCCCUGAAUUUACAUUGUAGCAUCACACUUAGGGUUUUGUUGUUUGGCUGGGUUUUUUUGCUGAGUCAAUCAAUUUCGGUGAGGGAUCAGCCAUUUGCAAGGCAGUGAAUAUGCCUAAAGCUCCUCUCCUUAAGUGUUGCAUUGGGCUGCAAUAAUUAUUGCUGACUUUCUGUUUUCCUCCUGUGUCUCAUUGCAAUGAUAUGCGUGGGAGGAAAGGAAUGGGGAAACAAGAUAUUCUGGGUGCAUAACAACACCUAAGAGAUUGCUUGACUAGAUAUGUUUACUUAGCCAGUUCCAUGUGUGAAAAUUCAAAUUUGCAGACCAAAAACAGUCCCAGAAACAUAAUAAUAAAGUCUGUAGGAUGCCUAUGCUGAGAUGACUUCAUUUCCGGUUACAACUGAAAAUUUUUACUUGCAGUGUGGAUAAACACAGCCUUGAAGCAAAACUGAACUACCUGGGAUCAUGUCAUGAGCCAAGCUGUAUUAAUAAUGGUGAUAUCACCCCGCUAUGCUAUCAUUUAAACAUAUACAAGAUUUUGGGCACAUCAACCAGCCACUUUCAAAAUAAGAUCUUAGAAAUUGCACUUUACUAAAGGUUGUGGUUUUGUGGAAUUUGGGAUGUUUUGAAAGUAUUGUAGCGUAAAAGCAAUUCAAGCACAAACCCUAAGGUAGAUAUGAUCCCAGUUGCUUCAAUAAUUUAUUGCCAUAUUAGCAGAAAAAGUUCCAGGGACACAACACCAAACAUGCAGUUGAUUCACAAAUAAACAGUCAAAUAUCUUAGAUUUCAAUUCCCCACAUUACCUGAAGCUCCAAAAGAAAGCUUCAAAAGAAGCAGCUUGUAAAUCAAGCAGAACAUCGACCAAUUUGCUUUUGAAUCAGUUUCUGGGAUAGAGAUAGUUAAAAAGAUUUUCACACACUCACUGUUAAAAACCUCCACAUUGCUCUGAUUCAAUUAUCUUAUAUGUUAAAAUUUAUAAUUAAGAUGCAGCAAAACUUGAUUCAUAAAAAUAAAGGUAUUAACCCUAGGAGCACUCAGUUUAUUGAUAUUAUCCUAGAACUGUGACUGCAAAUGUACAGCUAUGUGUAAAUCACUAUGUAUUUAUAGUUUUAGAGAGAAAUUUGUGAAUUGUUACCCAGGUAGAUGGGAAAAUGUUGGAUGGAUGGCACUAAAUCUGCUACUACCUUAGGGUAAAAAAUGAAACUGUUUCUAAGUCACAGUUAUAGGACACUUCUCAAAACUUUAUCCAGAAAAUUAAAGCCAAGAACAUUAUUUAUUGUGGCAAAACUAUGGCAAAUCUAUAGUCAAUGUGGAAUGAGUGGGUGCAGAAUUAAACUGUAGUUGGCAAAUUAUUUGCAAGGUGGGAAAAAGUCAUCUUUAUUUGUAGUGGGAAGAAAAGAAUAUAAAGCUAUGGGCAGUUUUGAAGUACUGUGGUUUACAGCUGAAAUCAGUAUCUCUUAAUCCUAAAAUAAUCUCACAUAUGCAUCUUUGACCAGUAAUCAUGAAGUUUGAAUUAAUUUAAAGGCUCAGUAAGUAGAAAGUAAUGAUGAACUUCUAAGAACUUCUAAGAACUUCUAUGAACUUCUAACUUCUCCUGCUACCAGAGGAAUGUAUCUGAAACACAUAUAUUAAAAUUAAAAAAACAAACAAAAAAAACCCCACAAAAACAAACAACAAAAACUAAAAAUGGCCAUUUCCAAAAGAAAUCCACCAUUGCAGGAAAAUAACUUUUUUUUUCCCCUAGAAAUGAACUUCUGACGAUGGGGGACUGGAACUUGUUGGGCAGCAUCCUUGAAGAAGUGCACAUCCACUCCACAAUAGUUGGCAAAAUCUGGCUCACAAUCCUGUUCAUAUUCCGGAUGCUGGUGCUGGGAGUGGCUGCUGAAGAUGUCUGGGAUGAUGAGCAGUCCGAGUUCAUCUGCAACACAGAGCAACCUGGCUGCAACAAUAUCUGUUACGACAAAGCCUUCCCCAUUUCUUUGAUCAGAUACUGGGUACUGCAGAUCAUUUUUGUCUCCUCCCCAUCCUUAGUGUACAUGGGCCAUGCGCUCUACAGGUUAAGGGCACUGGAGAAAGAGCGACAGAACAGGAAAGCCCACCUGCGGGCUCAGCUCGAGGACCUGGAGCCCAUGCUCGAGGAGCACAGGAGAGUGGAGAGAGAAUUGCGUAAGCUGGAGGAACAGAAGAAAGUGAAUAAGGCACCCUUGAGAGGGUCCCUGCUGCGCACCUAUGUCCUACAUAUCCUGACCCGGUCGGUGGUCGAAGUGGGCUUUAUGAUAGGUCAGUAUCUUUUAUACGGGUUUCACAUGUCUCCCCUUUACAAAUGCACUCGGCCCCCUUGCCCUAACACGGUGGAUUGUUUUGUGUCCCGACCCACAGAGAAGACCAUCUUUAUGGUUUUCAUGAACAGCAUCGCCGCCGUCUCGCUCUUCCUCAACAUCCUCGAAAUCGCCCACCUGGGCAUCAAGAAGAUCCAGAAGAGCCUGUGCGGGCAGCCGCUCUGGCCGGCGGGCCCGUCCGAGGAGGACCCCAGCGCGUACAACUCCAAGAAGAGCUCGGUGGUGCCUCCGCCGCCCUGCCUGGCCAGCAACGCCGAGGAGGCGCCGCGGGCCGCCCCGGCGGGCGGCGGGGCGGGGGCGGCGGGGGCGGCCGCAGCCGCUCGCCGGGCGCCCCGCAGGCAGAGCCGGGUGAGCGCCUGCCGGGAUCUGGAUGAGGAGCGCGGCGACUCCCCGGACAGCGGGCACUGCCCCGGCACCCGCAAGUCCAGCUUCCUCUCCCGCGUCCUCACCGGGAGCCGGGCGGGCAGCGACAGCGAGAGCACCGCCUCCCGCGGCGGCUCCGGCCCCUGCCCCGGGCCCGGCCCCGGCUCCGGCUCCGGCUCCGGCUCCGGCUCGGAGGGGAAGCGCCGCGAGGAGGGCGCGCCCAGCCCUCUGCCCGCCGCCUCGGGACGCCGCGUGUCCAUGGCAAGUAGCGCCCGGGACAGCCCGCGGGAGGGGGGCGGCGGGGGCCCUCGGCACCCUGUGCCGGCCCUGGGGAGGAGGGGGCGAGCCAGGGGGCAGAACGGCUCGGGCAGGACUUCCAACACAGCCCCAGCCCCUCGCGGCCCCCCGGACAAAGCCAAACUCCCAAACUCUCGGCCUCCCUCUGCCGUGAAAGCUGGAAUACCAGGGAAUUACUGA